AUGUCGCAGCCGCCUGUACCGAAUCAGCCACCCUUGGUGCCUUCGGCGCCUGUGUCUGAAUCCUCGCCAGCCCAACCACGCCCUGCGCGUUCAAAAAACGGCUGCAAUGCGUGCAGGAGGCGGAAAGUGCGAUGUAAUGAGCAGAGGCCUAGAUGUGGACACUGCGAAAGACUGAAUCUCGACUGCACUUGGAACCGCACGCAGGCUCGUAGCACUACCAAUCCAUCCCAGUCAUUCAACACUGGCCAGCACCAGCCCUUCUUUUCUGGUCCACUACCCUUGGAAGGGUACGGGUUCGGUUUUGACCUAUCCGGGCCGUUGAGCUUGGGUACCUGGGACGAAGCUAUGCUGUUGAGUCCCAGCUCAUGGCCAACUGACACCGGGUCUUUCGCGAGCGUAGCAACACAUUCGGACCCGGUCUCGCAGUCCAUUCACCAGUCCCGGCCGACUCAUAGAUCUUCAAGUCAGACCCUGGGAGUAACGUCUUCCGCGAGCAAUGAAGUGCAUGAGCUGCCAGAGCGUAGACUUCACCAGCCUGAUCCAGCUUCGACCUCGCCGUUCUCUACCGAGGGCGCGUCGAAUGGACCGAACGAAGAUUACCUCUUGCACACAUUCCUCCAGAUGCUCAUGCCACCCAUCCUGACACCGGUGGAAAUUGGUCCCAAAUGGGCAUCUACCAGGGCAUUCUUUGCCACUCUGGCUGCAGAGUCACCCAUCGUCAAGAGUGCCAUCAUGGCUUUCGCCGCGAUGCAGAUGCAGCGCAGUGGGCUGGGCAACGACAUGGCCAAGGCAGACUGGAGACCUUUGUAUGACACCGCAUCCAGACAGGUAGCGAAUUGCCUAGCAAAGACGCGAGUAGUCGAGGACAGUGACCUCAGACACAUGCUCGCUGCCCUUUUCCUGCUUACCUAUACCGAUCUUCUUACUGAAAUGCUGCCACGAGCCCACACAAACCUACGCGAGGCCUAUACACUUAUAAAGAGUGCCAGCAAGACCACCUUCUCGGCACCGGAACGUCGACUCAUUUCAUGGAUGCGCCUACUUGACGCGCGCGCUGUGUCAACAGCAGGUGGAGAAGGACUCUUCUUGGCUGAUACAGACGAGACUAUCUUUGAUGCGUCGCCUGCGGCCAAUGCUGGGUCAGAUCCGGACACGUCGGACACCGAAAUAGAGGAAAUUCUGUUUGACGUGUUAUAUCAUCCCGGUAUCAUGUUCUAUCAGAAGGUGCAGUCCUUCGCCGGGCGCAUCACACGCAUUGACCCGUGGCGUCGUACACGCGGCACGGUUCAGGAUGAGACUGAAGUGAUGGCCAUCGCAGCACAAAUCUCCAAGGAUCUACAUGCACUUUACGGCCAGAGACCAGCAUUGAUGGAUCAUGCGGUUGCUGGAAACCUCACCGAAAAACACCUAGCCAAAAACUUAGCAGGCGCACUCACACGAAGUUUCCGGACCUAUCUCGCGAACUACUACGCAUCGUUCAUACACUUACAUCGCGUUGCGUACGUGCAGUACCCGAAGACCAAGGAUGUAAUAAAUGCCAUCGUGAACAUAAAGCGUCUGACACAUGUGAUGGCGCAGGCAGACGAGUCGCUGCCCGUCAAUGUCUUGUGGCCACUGAUGAUGUGGGGGUGCGAAGAGGAUGACUUGGAGGAAAGAAGAUGGAUCAUUGAAGCCAUCCGCAGUCUCGAAAGCAUCGCUACCAACGCGAAAGCUACCGCAGACCUGUUGGAAGAAGUACAAAGACGGCAGGAUGAAGGCAAGCGAAGAGUCGACGUGCGUUUGGUCAGCCAGGAGUAUUUCGCAUCAUCAAACCAUUUCGCAAUCGUGUAA